GGCGAGUUGUCGGCGCUCUGGACUUGUUGUCGGCGUUGUCGGCGAAUUGUCGGCUUUUAGUAGGACCCAAUCUUCACGCGCACAUUUUUUCCUCGACUGACAAACGUCAGUUGUCAGCUUUCCAGUUAAAACUCUACAUUUUGAUUAUUGUGGGUGAUGAGAAGCCUUACUGUUGAUGUGAAAGCGUCAAAUCCCACAGCGUCAUCAACUAGCAACAUAAGCAAUCAUGUCGAAGAAUCCUCAUCGACUUAAAGGAGAUGGCCCAUCAGCCAAGAGGGCUCGGCGAGAGACGGCAUCAUCCUCAGAUCAGGAAUAUAACAGUGAGGAGGAGGAGGAGGCCAACUUGACUCAAAGUGCUGAUUUUGACGUGUCUGUAAGUGAAGCGGAGUAUGGAGUCAUCGAACAUGUCAGCGUCAAAAAUUUCAUGUGUCAUAAACGUCUGGAGUUCAACUUUGGCCCUAAUGUCAACUUCAUUGUGGGGCGGAACGGAAGUGGGAAGAGUGCCAUCUUGACAGCUAUCGUUGUGGGUCUAGGAGGAAAGGCUGCAUCUACAAACCGUGGCUCAUCAGUCAAGAAUCUCAUCAAAAACACAGAACAUGUUGCUGAUAUUACAAUAAAGCUCCGUAACCGUGGUCCAGAUGCCUUCAAACCUGACCAGUACGGUUCAACCAUCAUUGUUGAGAGACGAAUAAAAUCUGACGGAUCGUCUACUUACAAAAUCCGCUCCAAGGCUGGUAAGGUCAUCUCGCAAUUGUGUUCGGAGCUACAACAGAUUAAAGACCAGUUCAACAUACAGAUUGAUAAUCCUAUGUCAAUUCUAAACCAAGACACCAGCAGAAACUUUCUACACACGCAGGACCCCAAAGACAAAUACAAAUUUUUCUUGAAGGCAACCCAGCUGGAGCAGAUGACAGAUGACUACAACAACAUCCAACAACAUAAAGAACUAAUGAAAGAUACACUAGAGCGAAAAGAAGAGAUCCUUCCAGAGUUAGAGCGAGAAGUAAUACAGAAUGAGCAACGGUUUAAAGAUCUGGAUUCCAUAACAAAGCUAGACAAGAAGAGAGAAAGCUUAAUGCAUAUGGCUGCAUGGUCACAAGUGGCUGCAGAAGAAAAAGUGUUGGAUAACAUGCAGAAGGAGCUGAGUCAGGAGGAGAGUCGCUUACCAAAAUUCGACGAAAAAAUUCAAACAUCCCAGGCCAAGGUGGAGAGCAGUGAGGCGCACUGCCACAGUCUUCAAGAUCAAUUGACUGAGCUUGGUGAGAAGAUUAAGGAACUACAACCUCAGCAUGCCAUGGCUAAGUCAGAAAUGGAUAAACAGAAGAAGAAAGAAAGAGAGAUAACGAAAAAGGUCAGCUCCCAGCAGAACCAUGUGAAGAGUUUGGUCGGCGACAAAAACGAUAUGCAGCAAAGAAUCGAUGAACUAAAAAACAGUGCACGUAGAGAUUAUGAGGACGAGCGAAAGAUUAGAGAAGCCGAGAUCCAGAGACUUCAAGAACAUAUGAAGGCCCAAGAAGCUCAGAUGGCAACUACAGAGCAAGAUUUAGCGCAGUUUGCAUCCGCUGUCAACAGAGCUAAAGAAUCCACAUACGCACUCAAGACGCGUGAUGCAGACAUCAGGCAUUCCAUAGAUGCUUCUGAGAGACGAGUCCGUAAUCUUGAGGCUAGCCGUAAGGAUCGUCUGAAACUCUAUGGUGACUUCAUGCCGACUCUACUCAAUGAAAUCAAGAAAGCUGCAGAGAAGAAUAUGUUCCAUCGGAAACCCAAGGGACCCAUCGGCACUCAUCUGAAAUUGAGAGACCCUCAGUGGGCGAUUGGUAUCGAGGCAUGCUUAGGCGGACUGAUGUUUAAAUUCUGUUGCCAUGACUACCAUGACAUGGGCAUAUUGAAUCAGUUGAUUGCACGCUUUGUUCCUGACAAGAGAAGUCGACCUGGUGUCAUCGUCUCAGCUUUCCAAGAGGAACAGUAUAACAUUGAAGCAGGCGCCGUACAAUGUAAAGAACAUCCAUCCUUACUGGACAUGCUGGACAUUGAAGAUCCUAUGAUUUAUAACUGUCUGGUUGAUCAGCGUGCAGUGGAGAACAUUCUUUUGAUCAGGUCUAGCCAAGACGCCAGAGACUUGCUUCGUCUUCACACUCCAGCAAACUGCAGGGAGGCGUUUACUCUCAGCGGGGAUCAGGUCUACGCUGGGCGUGAACAACGCUAUUACUCCAACCGUAAUACUAAGGCAAGAGUUCUGCAGGGUGACGUGGAGGAUGAUAUAAGAGAUUUGAAGCAGGAGUUAAAUGAGUUGAGAGAGCAGCAGCGAGAAUCUCAGGGCCAGCUGCAGGAACUAAAUAGAACCAUCAGGGAGAAUGAGCAACUAAAGAAUCGAGCCCAGACACAGAGACGCAAAAUACAAGACUCCAUCAGUUCACUCUCAUAUGACAAACAACAGCUUGAAGCAAUUGAAGAUGUUCCCCCGGUCGACGUCAGCACCCUAGAGGAAGAAGUCGAAACUCUUGCCAGAGAAAUCGUUGCUCACCAAGAAAGCUUGGAUGUCCUUGGAGCACACUACAAAGAAAUCCACACGGAUUACGAGAAAAUGAGCAAGGAAUAUCGCACCCUGGACGAGCAGAUGAAAAAGUUUGCUGAUCAAGUGGAACCGAUAAAGGAUGAUGUAAUGACGGCAACAACAGAGAUUGAAUCAGCUAAGAGUCACUUGCGUCAUUACAACAGUAAGAAGGCUGAACAUCUAGACAAGAUCAAAGGGAUGGGACGAAGACAUAAUGAAAAAGCCAAAGAGGUCCAGGAAAUGGUAGUCCUAGCUCAGCAAGUCCACGCAGAGCGGAUUGUGACAAACAGAAAACCUCAGAAUAUCGACAGCGAAAUUGACCAGAUCACUAAACGAAUAGAGAAGGAACAACAGAGUAAGGGUGAUCCAGAGCAGAUAAUCCGACUUUAUGACCAAACCAAAGAAAGCUACAAAAAGAUCAAAAAGGAGCUCACUAUGUUCAAAAACUUUAUCAAGAAACUGGAUACACUUCUUGAAGUUCGUAAAAGCACCUUCUUAAUUUUGCGUCGACACAUUGCUCUUCGUGCUAAGUGCUUCUUCAUCAUGACCCUCUCUAGACGUGGCUAUAACGGCAAGAUCAAAUUCCAGCAUCAGACAGGGGAGCUUCAAAUCACUGUGCAGCCCACCCAGGGCGAUGGUGUCGGCUCACAGGACAUGAAGGCAUUGUCCGGAGGGGAACGUUCAUUCUCCACGGUGUGUUUCAUCAUGGCACUGUGGGAAAGCAUGGAGACACCCUUCAGGGCACUAGACGAGUUUGAUGUAUUCAUGGACAUGGUGAAUCGACGAAUCAGCAUGGACCUGAUGUUAACGGUUGCUAAGGAGAAUCGAAUGAGGCAGUUCAUCUUUCUCACACCUCUAGACAUGAGCAAAAUCAGGACUAAUUCCUUGGUGCGGAUCUCUCGUAUGCCUGAUCCAAUCCGUGAAGAUCAAAGCGUCCUGCCUUUCGAGCCAAUCUCACGCCGUGACGAAAAUGAUGAUGGAGAUUAACUGACGUUAUGAACGCUGGAAGGUAGGCAAUCUAAGCAAUGUAUGCUACCGUGAGGGAACACCAGGCACUAUGCUACCUUGGCAGCAAAACCCAGUUAAGGGUAAACAAAACAUGACGCCUACUCCGGACUUUAAGGUCGUUAGUGCAAGUUGGAUUUUGUAAAAUUUCUUUAACAUAUUUUGGAGCUCCUGGUUAGAGUGGUCUUCAAAGUAUUUGUUUGGCAAAAGGAAACCUUCAUUUUCUUAAGUAAAACAUAUUUGUUGAUUUUGAGCAAUGGCACAUUAAUCCGGAGGACCCAAGUUCAAAUUCCCCUCUAGUCAAGUUUCUUUGAUUAACCUUAAAUUAUGCGCACGCACCGAGUAUUAGCCAUAAGGUAUAUGAUCUUUGACAGUUUCUGCUGUGUGCGCACCCUCUAUGUUAGUAACGAACAUCAGUGCAUAGCAAACUUGUUUAAAGCAUCUCAUGUUUAUCAUUUGUACAAUAAGUAUAUUUUUCUUUGUUUAAUUUAUAUUAAAUGUGAUUGAUUAAGGUUGUCUUUUUACAGGGGAGUGGGGUUUAUUAGAUUAAUAAUUUCAUAAAGCUGUUUAAGAAAACUAUAGCGGUUACCAAAUCAUUAUAGGAAAGGCAGGGAACCAGUCUGAGCAAUGCACAUUACAUGGUAUUUUGGCUGGUAACCUAUUUCUACUAAGCAAGAUUUGUCUGUGCUUAGUAAGCAGAGCUUGGAGAAGAGCCCAAUACUUGUUGGAAAAGCUUAGUCUGUUACGAAGUGUAGUGCUCUUGUUUCACGCGCCUAUCUUGUCCGCAAUUUUUUUAAGUCAUAUGUACAGAAAGUUAUUGAUUUCUAAAAUGGCGGAAAUGGUAGAUACAUCUUGUGGAGGUGUGUAUUACAAUUCGCAAGAAGCCAAUACAAAUGAUUGCCAUUCCAGAUUAUAUUGUUUUGAGUAUUAACACACACACAUUCUUUAUUCUUUUGCCAAUUGGCUUUAAUACUUAUUCUUGAUAUUAUACAAUGUGCAGCUUGUUAAUAAAGAUAAUUAUGUUA